CCGCUCAUGCACGGGGUGGGGGGCGGCUCGGCCGGGUCUGCAUUGCACUAAUCUGUGCUGCGCUGCCUUCCUGCCCGACGCCGGCACGAGCCGCAGGGCACCGGGGCGAUUUCAGCGUUGUUUCCUGCCUGUAACAACUUCUUUUGGAUAAGUUGAGAGUUGAAGCGUCUGGCACCAGCUGUCACACCAAUACCUGCCAUGAUGAAAAGUUGCAUAAGAUCUUCAUUGUUCUCCAUGUAAUCAACUCUCCUUGUGACUUCACAUUUUGGAAAUAGCCAAGAUGAAGCUAAAGCAUACCAUCAAUCCUGUUCUUCUUCAUUUCAUAAACUUUAUAAUCUUGGUGUAUUCAUUUAUAACAUAUAUUCCAUGGUACAUACUAUCUGGCUCAAGACAAGCUAUUGCAAAAUCAAAACAAAUUAAAGCUAAACCUGUGAAUAACCAGCCUGGUAGUGCAUACAGAUCUGUUAACAGCGUGCAUUGCUUAGCUUCAGUUUUAUAUCCUGGAUGUGAUACGCUUGACAAAGUUUUCAAGUAUGCUAAAACUAAAUUCAAGGACAAAACGCUCCUGGGAACAAGGGAAGUCUUGAAAGAGGAAGAUGAAAUCCAGCCUUCUGGAAAAGUUUUUAAAAAGGUUAUCCUUGGAAAAUACAGUUGGCUCUCAUAUGAUGACGUCUACAUUAAAGCUGUUAAUUUUGGAAAUGGCUUAGGAAUACUGGGGCAGCAACCAAAGUCAAACAUUGCCAUCUUCUGUGAGACUAGAGCGGAGUGGAUGAUUGCAGCUCAGGCCUGCUUUAUGUACAACUAUAGACUUGUUACACUGUAUGCUACUCUGGGAGGUCCAGCAAUAGUACAUGGAUUAAAUGAAACUGAGGUGAACACCAUCAUUACUAGUAAAGAUUUGAUGCAAACAAAACUGAAGGAAAUUGUCUCUCAAGUUCCACUGUUGCGACAUAUUAUUACUGUGGAUGGCAAACCAACAACAUGGGCAGAAUUUCCCAAGGGUGUCAUUGUACACACUAUGGUUUCUGUACAAGCUAUGGGUGCCAAGGCUGACAAUGUAAACAAGCAGCAGGCCAGGCCUGUACCUUCAGAUAUUGCAGUAAUCAUGUACACAAGUGGAUCUACAGGAGUUCCAAAAGGAGUUAUGAUUUCUCAUUGCAAUCUUAUUUCUGGUAUAACUGGGAUGGCAGAAAGGAUUCCACACUUGGGGGAAAAAGAUGUCUAUAUUGGCUAUUUGCCUCUUGCCCAUGUGCUGGAGUUAAGUGCUGAACUUGUCUGUUUAUCACAUGGAUGCCGUAUUGGCUACUCAUCACCUCAGACAUUAGCUGAUCAGUCCUCAAAAAUAAAGAAAGGAAGUAAAGGAGAUAUUACUGUGCUAAGACCAACCCUGAUGGCAGCUGUACCAGAAAUUAUGGAUCGGAUCUACAAAAAUGUCAUGAAUAAAGUGAAUGAAAUGUCCAGUUUCCAGCGGAAUCUAUUUAUAUUGGCUUACAAUUAUAAAAUGGACCAGAUUUCAAAAGGCUGCACUACACCACUCUGUGACAGCCUUAUCUUUCGGAAGGUACAAAUGCUGCUAGGUGGCAGAAUUCGCAUCCUUCUGUGUGGAGGAGCUCCACUCUCUGCAGUAACUCAGCGAUUUAUGAACAUAUGUUUCUGCUGUCCUGUGGGACAGGGAUAUGGCCUAACUGAAUCUUCUGGGGCUGGAACGAUCACUGAUGUUUGGGACUAUACUACAGGGAGAGUGGGAGCACCUUUGGUUUGCUGUGAAAUCAAGCUGUUGAACUGGGAAGAAGGUGGAUAUUACAAUACUGAUAAACCAUAUCCUAGAGGUGAAAUUCUUAUUGGAGGCCAAAAUGUGACUAUGGGCUACUACAAAAAUGAUGCAAGAACCAAAAAAGAUUUCUUUGUGGAUGAGGAUGGGCAGAGGUGGCUCCAUACAGGAGACAUUGGAGAGUUUCAUGCAGACGGCUGUCUAAAAAUCAUUGAUCGUAAAAAAGAUCUUGUAAAACUCCAGGCUGGAGAAUAUGUCUCUCUUGGCAAAGUUGAAGCUGCUUUGAAGAACCUUCCACUGGUAGAUAAUAUUUGUGCAUAUGCAAGCAGUUUCCAUUCUUAUGUUAUUGUAUUUGUUGUGCCAAAUCAAAAGGAGCUUAUAGAAUUAGCACGAAAAAAAGGAUUUAAAGGAACCUGGGAAGAGAUCUGUAACAGUCCUGAAGUAGAAAAAGAGGUCCUGAAAGUGCUAGCUGAGGCUGCUAGGGCAGCUAAUCUGGAGAAAUUUGAAAUACCAGUAAAAAUUCGUUUGAGCCCUGAUCCUUGGACCCCUGAGACUGGUCUGGUGACAGAUGCCUUCAAACUAAAACGCAAAGAGCUUACAGUAUACUACCAAGCAGACAUUGACCGAAUGUAUGAGAAACGUGUAAACUAACUCAUCUUUUCCAGUACAGCUUUGCAACAGUGAGCUUGGAUCAAAUAGGAAAUACUUGAAUCACUGGUCUCAACACCUUGAGACCAACACACACAAACACCCUUCCUCAUCUGCAGCUUAAACUGUUACGUCUGAUAGCAUCACAAGAUUUGAUGGCAGGAUUAGUAAAAUGUUAAGGCAGCAAACUUGUGUCUGUCUGUCUCUUUGCCCAUUUUUUCUGCUACCUUGUAAGUGUGUGGGUUUUCCUGAAUCCUUUUGGGGAAACCAUGAUUUUUGAAGCCUCAAGUUUUUAAACAUGAUUUAUAUAUCCUGUAUAAUGUUCUGUUUGUAACUUUUUAAAGUUUGGAUGUAUAGAAAGAUAACUUGGCUGUAUAAGAAACGGUUAUUCUGGGGGCCUUUUUUACAUAAGUAUUUAAAUAUACAAAGUUAUUGAUGUUGUGAAAUUAUGUAAAUUGGAAAUGCAUAUGAAUCAAAUUGUCAUUGGACAGAGGCUAGAUUAUUUGUUAAUGUGCAAUUGUUUUGUAUAAAUUUCGGAAGAAAAAAAAAGUUUGACAUUCUGACUUGUGAAAUACACUUGAUGUAUGUGCCUGGCGGUUUCUUUUUAAAUUAUUUUAUUAUUACCUGAAAUGCACAGCACUGUAUAAAGGUAGACACUUCUGCAGGAUAUUGCUGUUUUAGGCUUUAGUAAUGCAAAAUAUGCUAUUUAACACAGCAAAGCUACUUCUGUGAAUAACCUGUCUAAUAGGAACUUUUAAACUAUUUUCAGGCCAUUUUGUACAGAAGUUAUAUUGUUUAAAGCUAGCAAGUUCUGUAAAAUGUUAAGUCAAAUGAAUUGAGUUAGACAAUAUUCUUUUAGAAAGGAGAAUUUAAGAAAAAUUGCAUCUUGUCCUUCAGCCUUACACACACGAUUCAGGUUUCCUGUUUUGUCACUUGUGAAAAAUUGUUAAUAGUCAGGUUCAAUCCAGCUGCAAGCCCAUAUUUGUGUAGUGGGGUGGGGACAUUUUUAAAGGCCCAAAUGGCAGUGUGGUUCCCAACUCCUACUGGUUCCCUAACCAUUGAAACCCCCCCCCCCCUUCAAUUAAUAAUGCUAUGUUCUUUUGCUUACCUCUUGCUUUGAAGGUAGAUAUGUGUGGAGUAUGUUGUCAGUAAUAAUCCUAUUUAUUUUACUUGGUUGAUGGUUUAAUUGUUGCAGCUGAAUUCUUGAUUUUUUUUUUAUUUUUUUUUUUAAAGGAUUCUCAGUUUUGAAAUAGUCCCAUGAAGUUUUUGUCUUGAGUUCUGGGUGCUAUUUAUGUCUAAAGUGACAGCCUCUAGACAUGUUUCACAUGUAUUUUUUAUUUUUUAAUAUAUUUAGAAAGAACAUUCUGGUCCUGGUCAUUGGGGAAUGUGGAAGGGGAUCAUCAAUAAACUUUGGGAUGGUUGCAGGUAUUAAAAACGGGGGUUUUAAUGCAGAUUUCUCUUUCUUGUAUGUUAUAUAUAAUAAUAAUAAUGUAAAAAAUGAAAGGUUUGAUACUGAUUUAUUGUUGUUAUAUUAGAGGAUAUACGCUCCUCAGAAUACUUAUUGCAUAUGAAACCACCCAUUGCUGCUGUUGGCAUUUGUAAAACUUUACCUUGGGAAUUCUUAGAAGAUGAUUCAAAACACAAACUUUGAACAAUUUUAUUCUGAAAUGAUAUUUAAAUUGACACUUCCUUUUGGUUAACCAGUGUGGUUUUAUAAGAGUCCUGAUUCACUGUGCUGGUGAAAGCUGAAUGUAUCGCAUGUAUCUUCUGUCAAGGAGUUAGCUCUGGGAGGUGGCUUUUUAAAUAACACUUACUAGAUCAUGCUGAAUUUGACCAGCUGCUGGCUCUGGAGAACUGUUUCAGUGAAGUUUACUGUAAUUGGUCAGAUUAAUUUAUCAGAAUUGAAAAGAGGUUCAGAAUAAUACUUCUGUAAGAAUGAGAUGGCUAGAUCAUUGUUAUCCAGUUCAGAAUUUUCUCAAGAGUUGGAACAUAAAAUAUAAAUGAUUGGCAGGUAUCCAAAGGAAAAUCUAAAGGUCUUUCCUAGUUGAUUGAAGAGGUAGACUGUUAAGUUCAUAAGAAAGUCUCACUACAUUUUAGAUACAGAAAAAUGUUGGAUUUGUGCUCUGGCAUAUAGCAGUGAGAAGCGUAAUGUUAACAAAUAGAAUUUGCACUCCAAAGGACAGAGGCUGUAUGUUGUUCCAAGUUGUAAAAGUUUGGGGAUUUUUUGUUAGUCUAGAAAGUCAUGGUAGUAAAAUUGCUAAAGUAAGUCCAGCAUCUUAAGAACACUUUGAGCACUCUGCAGAACAUACUAAAAAUUCUGAAUUUGGUUAUUCCAGAAGGAUUGUAAAAGAUAUUUGAUACUGUUAAAAGGGCUGAAAUUCACUUUUGGAUGAAAUGUGAAAAUAAGCAGGUGUUUUAGCUUUAGUUUUCAUUUUUCUUCCAGUUCAGCCAUAAGGUUCAAAUGCAGCCUAACUGUAUACCAUCUCCCCAUCCUGUAUAGCAUAUUUACUUGAUUAUAAAAUGAGGUUUUUUUACCCCUUUUAACAUAAGGGGAAAAAGCCCCUUACCUUACAAUCAAGCACAAGGCAGCGGGGGAAGGGACAGAGGAGCAGGCAGCUGCUGCAGCUCCAGCCCCACCCUGGGGUUAGAGCCAAGGCCACAACUGCUUCCAGCCCAUGCCCCACCACCUCAGCACACCCUGCCACUCCUUCACAACCUCCAGUCUCCCAGCUCUACCUCCUCGCCCCACGCUGCUUCUCCCUUUCUUUCUCCCUCUGCUGCACUCCUCCUUACCUUUGCUCCAUACAGGCAGGCUGCAUCCCUGCUGCAGCUCCGCCAGCCCAGCCCCAUAGCAGCCUUGCGGAGCUGGCACUGAUAUUCCAGCCCAGCCCUGUUGCAGCAGUGCUGGAUCCCCACUGCUGUUGCAACAAGGCCAAGCUGAGUCAGCAGUCCUGACUCUGUGUUGCUGCUAUGGGGCUGGAGCCAUGCUCUGUGCCAUGGGCUGCAGUUGGGAUGGAGCCUGCUGGCUCAGAUCAAAAAGGGUAGGGAGGCAGGCAGGAGGGGGAGAGACUUCAGGGUGGAAAGAUGGGAGGAAGUGGGGGUAGGGCCCUGAGGCUGCAGGUAGUCGAAGUGGCAUGGAGAGUAGAGAAGGUGGGGAAGGGGGAAUUGGGGCAACCUGAGGUUGCAGGAGGGAGGGCAGGCACAAUGGAGGAUGGGGGGGGGGACAGGUACCUGCCUGCCCACGUGCCCUACCACAGGGCCCCCACUACUGCUUCCCCCUCUGCCUCCCAUUACUGCCCCCAUCAUUGCCAUUCCCUCCACCACCUGCAGUAGUUGAGGUGGGGGGGCAGGACAAAUUUAAGAUGAUCCUCCAAUAAUUUGCUUUCCUACAUGGAAACUUAGAGUAAAUUUAUAUAUUUUCUGUUGUUAGAAUCUAAUUAUGGGGGGGUCAUCUUAUAUUCAGGGGUGUUUUAUAUGGUAUUUGGUUUUAAAUCCAUUUCUCAGUUCUGAGGAUAUGGAUGGACUUGACAAUUGUGUUAAUAUCUCAGGGUACUGAUAAUAGCUCUUCCAGAGUAACUGUUACGCCUGUGUGAUUCUAUGGCAACAGCAGUGCAAUAAAACCACUCCAGCUUGAACCCUGCUUCAUUCAUGGUCAAAAUUAAGUUGAUUUAACUAGCCUGUUGCUGCAGAAUCAUGCAGAUGUAAUGGUUACAUCUGGCUGUUGCAUGCUCCCAAGCAGUAGCUCCCAUGCCCUUUUAAAGCUUUUGAAAUGUUUAUCCAUACCCUGAUUUACUUAAAGUUGGUAUAAAUAAAUUACUCUUGUUUCUUUGGUAUAUAAUUGGUUUAGAAUAAAUAGCAUGUUUUAUUUGCUCCAUAGAAUAGGAGUAUAAACCAAUAAAAAUACAUUUAUUUUCCCAUCUCAAAGACAUGCAGCUGGACCUAGUAAAUGUUUUGGUAAGUAUUACAACCCUUUCUAAAAAGGUGAGGAAGUAAAUGGUUUGCCUUACCAGGUUGAACCCAUUUGGUGUUAUGAGUGCUUCAUGAACCUCAGGAGGAGGCUCUGAAACAAAGAUGGUGUGAAAUGACCAGGGUCACAAAGGGAGUCUAUGUAACAAUUAAAACUAAAAAUGCAGGAGUUACAUAUUUUUCCAUAUUAGUCCAGUGGGUUAUGAUGUAAUUACAGAGUGUAACUAAGUGUGGAACUCAUUGCCCCAAGAUGUUGUGGAAGCUCACAGUUUUAACUGGAUUCAGGGAUUUCACACAUUCUUGGAGGAAAGGGUGCAUCAGUAGCUACUGAGCUUGGCACUUAAAGGGUGCAGCCUCAGAAUCACAACUCCUUACACUUUAAAUGCUGGAGGUUGCAAGCAGAGAGAAACAGUGGAAGAAACUUGCUCUAUCCUGUUCACUCUCCUUUUCCAUGUUCAAUCUGCUGCUGUGUGACACAGGAUACUGGGCAAGAUAAAACUAUGGUCUGACCCAGUAAAUGGCAGUUCUCAUGUUCUUAUGAUGUCUCAAGUGACUGACCUCUCUGUCCCCUCAUCUCCCACCUCAUGUGAUGCAUAGGCUGCUCAGCAGAAAAACAACUAGCAGGUGGCGUAUGGAAACUGGUGCUAUGAGCUGGUCUGGGGCCCUUGUUUGUCCUCUCGUCCUCCAUAACUUAAAAAAAAUCAGUAUUCUAAUUGAAAGGAUUCCCCAUGUUGCAGCAAACUUUUGUGUAACAUUAUUCGUGGAUUGCAAAGAACCAAUGAUGUUAAGAAAUCUUGGUCAUAGACUUUCCACAGUAGGAGCAGUUCAUAUUUUCAGCAGUGAAAAGGACUAUGAACUUUUCAAAAUAAAGGUUGAGUUUAGCCUUCAUGCUUUGUAGGUUCUCAAAAUAAGAAUGGGGAAGGGUAAUAAUGCAGCUGAGAGGCUGCUGAGACCCUAACUUUUUUCUGAGGAAAAAAGAUCUUGUAAAUUGAAGAUUUUCUGUAAUUCUGAAUCAAAAAAGGGAUAGUAAGAAUCAUUAGCUACUUAAUCCCAUGUGAAAAUGUACAUAGUUAUGACAGUUGCAUUGUAUUAUAAAAGUGAUUGAGUGGCUUAAGCAUAGCCAGGAGUGGAAAAUAAACACUUGGAGGAAUCUCCUGGUGUCUUUUUGAUUUAAGUAUUAUUUUAGAAAUUCUUCCAGACUUCAUCCUAGCCCUUCAAGCUGGAUGUCAGAAGUGUUCCAUAUUGCAUAUAAACAAAACUUCUUUUUCUGGGAAUGGUUGGGAAAUUAAAGAUUGGAUGUCAGAAGUGACCUUGCAAGUUUGCUGCUGCUGCUGCUAAUGCAGUUUACAAAAAUGUGACUGUACUCAAGGGGAAGCUGUCUUCUCAGUGGUAAAAUGUUUUACGUAGCUGAAGUUAAAAGCAGUGUGAAAAUGAAAUUUUCAAGGAUAACACAUCCUAUGUGCUAUCAGUUUUCUAAGUAGAAUGGAAAAACGGAUGGAAUUCAAACCAUACAUAAAACAUCCUGUAAAGCUUGUAAAUUUAUGCAGGAAUUGCCACAAAGGAUAAAAGUCCUUGGCAAUAACCCUUUAUACUGCUAAAAUUGACAAGCUUUUAUUCUGUAUUAGAAUUCCACUUAGACCACUUGAUACAGCCUUUUUUAAAAAAUAAAUGUGAUGAGUUCAUUUCUUUGGGCUUGUAAUAACAUUGUGUACAUCUUUGUCUUCUAUGAUGGUAACAGGAAGGUCCUCUUUAUACCACAUACACAUUGGACCAGGCUGAAAAUGUAGUCAAAGGACCAGUUGUAUAUUAUUGUAAUUUGAAAAUGAGGUUGUAUUAAAUAACCAAUGUAAUCUUGGCUAUUACUAUGGACUACCUGACGGGUGUAUAUCAUAAGUGAGGUAUAUUGUAUGAAUUAUUUAUUUGUAAUUGGAGAUUUGAGUUUCAAAAAAUAAAGCUAAGUAAGAUGGAGUUUCAUAAAUUAGGCCCUGUACUUCCUGCUUUUACACUUCCUAAAAAGAGGGCAUUUAUUUUAAUCCCUGAAUCCCUCUGAGCCACUAAGUUUGUAAUAAAGCAAAAAAAAAUGUUACCUAAAAAUCUAUGUUUAAACUAUGUCACUUCACCUUUCAAGAUGAUGAGUUAAAAUCACUUGGAAUGUUGCACCCCCAAAGGGAAGUCUGUUUGGUUUGUUUUUUUCUCCUUUGUUUGGAAACCUUUUUGCCAAGACAGGAGACAUUUAAUUGUUUCUAUCUUCAGCUUCAUUUUUCUCUCCCAAAUUAUAAAUGUUCAUAGUACAUCUUAAAUGUGUGUUAUUCUUGUGUGGUGCCAAUAUUUAGUACUUCAGUAAUCUGCUAAGCAAUUUGUAAACAAUAUAUAAAUGCUGUUUCUUUUAUUAUUUCUACAAUUUGGACCUUUAUAUGGUUGCCCUUGUUUGGGAAGGGGUAUGAGAAGGGCGUCAACACCCCCCUUCCCCUCAUAUUCUGAGAAUAUAAAUAUAGGCUUAAAGAUAUGAGUUGUUUUUUGGAUCCUGUCACAUUUAUAUUGAUUACAUGACAAAGGUUCAAGAUAAAUGUAGGAAUAUCAGCCAUGUGAUCUGUUUAGGAAUAAAUUGGUGUUGAAUCUC